AUGCUCUGGUUUUUAUUCAUCGCUUUGUUUUUCCAAAAAGUUGGAGCACAAAUAAGUGAGUUUUAUGUAAUUUGAAAAACUCGAAUGAUUUUUUUUUCAGCUUGUCCGACGAAAGUUUAUUCUCCGGCUGAUGAUAUAGUGUAUUUUCCAAAUAAUAACAUAGGAUUAACCAAUAUCCCUAGUAAUUUUGCAUGCAGUUAUAAGGUAAUACUUCUUGGAAUGGAUUGCUUUAAAACGCGACUAAUUUGAAUUGCUGGAGCCAUUCCACGUGCGACCAACUAUUUUCAAAACAAGAAAGAUUUUUUUUAUCAAGCUGUACGUUGUCGACCCAUCUUGACUUGAAAAACCCCUCCAGGGAAGGACUGUUUGAAAAAAAAUCAUCUUGCACCCGACUUUUAGUGACUUGCGCGCAGGGCUAUGAUGCAUGUGAUGGUUUCCAUUCACAGUGGAAUUUUUGAAUGAAAUUUUGAACGGUCCAUAAUUAUUAUCAAAGUUCCUCUCGGCAGUUUCUAAGCUUAAAUUUAGAUAUUAUCAAAUCUCAUUAAAUAAAAAUUUCGCCUCUUAAGUCCCACGGAGAGCUGAGAUCAGCCCCCCCCAAAAAAAGGCUUUUUUUCCUGAUUGAGUUUCAAGUAGAGGUAAAUGGACUUAUUAGAGACUUCACUUUUUCUUUUUUUAAAAAAAUCAAUUUUUUUCUCUUAAAUUUUUCCACCUUCAGUUCAAUAUUCCGCCUGGAUUUGUUGCUAGAAUCACUGUUACCUCAAAUAUGGCCACUGGAGAUGUCCUCAGUUACACCAACAGCUUGGGAACAGUUGCCAGGUUUCUGAAAAAAAGCUUCCAUAGAGAAUAAGUUCGUUUUUAGGUUACCUAAUCCGAUAUCUUUGUACCCGCGAAUGAUCGCUACGCCUUCCGGAUCUUUGAACAUCGCUACGAACUCUUCCAGAAGCCAGUUCAACGCCAAACUGGAAUUUGUUAAUUGUUUGAACGUUUCUAUAUAUUUUAAGAGAUUUUUUACGAUUUGAAACGUUACUUAAUUUCUUGGAAUGGCUUCAAAAUAGGAAGUUUCGAAAUGGAAUUUUUUUUUUUGAAAGUCUGAAAAGUCUGCACUCUCUUUUCUCUCGCCGUCAAGAUCAGAAAACCAUGAAAAGUACCAGAAAAACCUGUCAUAUGUUUUGGUCACUGAAAAAGAUAAUUUUAGUGGUCGAAAAUUAUAAACCUUUCCCCUAUUCUUCUGGCGAUUACGCGUUUCUGAAGGAUCUCGACAGCUCGAGUUUCAUUUCUUUCACGCCAACUGCUGGGAAAAAUGCCAAGGUAUCGUUCUUUCUUCAAAAUACUUCAAUUCCAAUACAGUUACCUUAUAAUUUAGAUCCGUCUGACCAUCGCCCAAAAGCAACAAAAUGUCUCGGCUUCAGACUUGGCUCACAUUUUUGUCUAUCAAGGCACUGACUUGAAGGGAAACUACCUUGGCGUGUAAAGAAUUCAAUCAAUUUUUGUCAUUUUGUCGUUGAUUGAAGGCUGAGCGAAGUUGCGAUGGGACCUUCUGGAAGGGGGAUCUCUUUGGUCAAUGUUUAUGACUCAUAUGUGGAUGCGACUGUCGUGGCCAAUGACGAUUCAGGUUCGUAAAAUGAAAAAAAAAGGAUUUUUUAUCGAUAGAGCGAUUUUCGCGCUCUAUCGAUAAAAAUAGAUUGGACUCUAGCAUUCGAUGAGCCAGCUAUAAUUGAACCAUAAGAAAAAGUUGAUAAAGAUCAAACUCUACGCGAAAGCUGGUUUAGGUCGGCCGCAUUUAAUUUGUGUGAUCUUGCAUUUUCUCUCAAUUCCAUUUCAAGUUCAAAAAUCUUUCCUGAUGGUUUCAAAGUUUGCUGGACCUAAAUCAAUUUCUGAAAAGGCUCUCUUCGCCUUCAGAAGCCCAGAAAAUAUUUCUGAGCAGACUAUCCCUGAGCUUCCAACAGAAUGAAGAAAGUCACAAAAUUACCAUAUUGUUUUGGUUCAUGCCCGAUUAUUUCGAAACCCAUCUCUUAAAUUCCAGCCAUUUCCCAGUUCUCGGACUACCAAGUUUUCGAAAUAAACCCUGCUUUCAAUUGGAAAUUCGUCAACCAGGACAAUGUCCCCAGUGCUUACACGUUCAUUUUACCAUCUCCGGACACACCACAAGCUUAUCUAACUUAUUUGAAUUUCAUGACCCCUACCCCUGUGAGUUGUAAUUCUCGAAUCUCAGUGUUUGAUCUAUUUUAAAAUUUUUAGAGCUUAAAUCAAGCUUACGUCUCCUUCCAAUCACAGACUCCGACGAAAACCAAUUUCGAGACUCUGAGAUACACGUGAGGAUUUCAAAAAAGUGCGCGAUUUUCUUAAAUAUGAAAAGAUUUCAGAUUCUCAUUAUAUACGUCCAAUUCGAUGCCGCAAAACAUUCCUUGCCAGUAUUUUACCAUGUUUGUGUACAGAACCACGGCUCAAGUCAAUUUCGACACGGUUGCCAGUAAGUAUUGGGAGAAAACCGAAAAAAAAAUCUAAUUUCGAUAUCUUUAAAGUGACUUCGAUCUCCGAUUUUUUUCUUUUUUUUUUUUUUUGAAUAGUUUGAACUGAACUUAGAAUGAAAUUUAAAAAAAAUAAAGUGACUAUCUUGUUCUAAAAAAAAUUUGACCAAUUUUUUGGAUACUGUAGCCUGUGUCACCGCAAACACGACAACGGAACCGGCAAUGCAAAAUUUUUUAGAAUUUUUUCGCACUAUGUUAUGUGUUUAGUUUUUAUUCGAAGUUCAAGAUUUUCAGGAAACUACAACGCUCUGAGCGAUGGUAGAAAUGGUUACGUGUUCAGUCGAACCUAUUGGUCCGUCCCAAAUCCCAAUCUGGAAACGGUUUUUUGUGAGUUUUUUUUUUAAAUUCGCAAAAAGCCAAGUUAAAAAAGUAGGGGAUUUUUUUUGUAGCUUUGAGCUUCAAAAUUUGAGCAAACUUCAAAAAUUGUCAAUUUAAUAUUCAAACCCCUGAUUUCUUAGUUAUUUUAAUAUAAAUCUUCAAAUUGACGGUUUUUUUAAAAGAGGCCAAAGAUACACCUUUUUUUCAAGCUUCUCUGACGUUUCUUCAAGUAAGCUUUCGUUUGUACUUCACCUUUUUUUCCUACGAAAAAAAAUAAUAUGUGAAAUUUACAGACGGUCAAAAUAACUUGCUGUACAGCAUCAAAACUCAAGUUUUAUACUUAUCCUUGCAAAGAAAUGAAUAUUUGGACGUUCAAAUCAACCAGGGCGGCGCCAUUGUCUCUGAGGACAAGUUCAGAUUUGAUCCAUCGAUUGGUUAUUUAGUGAAUUGAUAAAUAGGUACACCAGCUCUUUGGUCAACGCCCCAGUCAAGACGGUCUCCGGGGACGGGUUCAGAAUGUUCCUAAUUUCGAAUUCAACAAAUACUGCGGCCAAAGUUUACUACAGUGUCUCGACUUCGGCUCUCCCGGUCACACCAAGUUCGCAUUUUUUUUUUCAAUAGAGCUAGAUUCAGACAUCGUUUCAGCGUAGUGUCGUACUAAAAAAAACAUCGAUUUUCAAAAAGGAAAAAAGGAAUGUUGUUCCAGUUUUUUUUCAGUAGCCAUGAUCUUCAUAAAAAUAACUCGUUUGAAGUCCAAAAUCUCCAUUUUUUGACUAAAAAUUAGGGAUUUUUCAGACUGUCCAACUGGCUUGUUUUCCCCUUUGAAUGGAUCAGUUUUCUUGCCGGUCAACAGUUCAUUGACUAGGCUCAAUAGCGGAUUCAAUUGCGUCUAUGGGGUUUGUAAAAAAAAGUCGCACUGGGAAUGGCUCGACGCGUCGCGUAUGCGAAGCGGUUUUUCGAUUUUUUUUUUUCACUUUUUUAGCUGGAACGGCAACGCAUUAAGCCAUUCUCAUUGCGACCAGAUGAUUUAGUGAAAUAGUUAGAACAUUGAAAUUUCUGUUUUAGUUCAAUUUCCCCGCUGGAUUCGUUGCGAAACUCACGAUCACUAGUAUCAUGGCAUCUGGAGAUUUCCUCAGUUACACUAAUAGUCUUGGACAAGUUACCGGGUUUUCCGAGAAAGUUUUCAGGAAUAAAAAAAAAUGUUUAGACUUCCCAAUCAGAUGACCAAUUAUCAGAGAGUUAUCGCAUCGCCUUCGGGCUCAUUCAGCGUUUCUACGACUACUUCGAACAGCCUGUUUUCCCUCAGAGUCGACUUUAUCAGUUGUAGGUUUUCUUUGAGUAAAAAAUGAGAGGGAUUUUUCUGAAAAUUGAAAAGGACACGAGAGGAAAAAAGGAGUAGAAGUUAAGAGGAGAAAUUCAAGAAAAAAAGAGCCAGUAAUUUGAUAAUAAUAACAUUAACUUAAAGACAGAACAAAAAUGUACAAGAAUAGUUUAAAGUUGAAAAGUUGGUCAAUAAGCCUGAAAAAUUUCAAGUUCAGCUUAAAUGAAUGAUUCGAUCUUAAACCCAUUUUUUCUUAAGAAGUAUCAAUUUUUGGAAACUUAAUCCCUUAACUCAAAAAGGUUGCUUUAAACAACAAAAAAAGAUGUGAAAAAAUAUCUUGGAAGGAAAAUUGAAAUGUUACUUCAAUUACAUUACUUCUCGGGCAAAGUCGGAAUGGUGGAUAAUGGCCGAUAAAAGGGAGAGGCUCAAAAAAGGAUGCAAAAAGGCAGCAAAGAGAGUCCCUUUUAUCGAGCCUUCAGUUUUUUUCUGAAAUUUCCAAAGGCUCAAGAAAUGGUGGAAAAAGGGAGAGGCAGCAAAACGGCGCUUAAAAGCCGAUAAAAUGGCGCAAAAGGGCAGCCUAAAAGAAUUAUUUCUAUGGAGCCUUUUUCAACUUUUUCGACUUCGCCCAUGUGACAAAAUCUCGUUUUUUAAAUCUCAUCACUUUAUCUUUCCUGCAGAACUCUAAAAUUCAUUGGAAAGGAUAUUUUCCAGUGCUAACGUACCGCCAAAACCUUCUCAAUAUGGGCGGUUACACGUCCCUUUCCAGUUUAUCCGGCUCCUCCUUUAUCACUUUCACGAACCAGAAUCCAAACGGAAAAGUUUUCAAGACGGAAUUUGAGAACUUCAAAGAAUAAGUUUAGGUGCAACUGACCUAUGACUCAGCCAAGACCAUUUCCUCAGACCUGGGCCAGAUUUUCGUCUACCAAGGGGCCAGUUUAUACACCGGGAAGUUCAUUGGAACGUGAGGACCUUUCUAAAUAUAGGAAAAAAAAUAUUUCAUAUGUUUAGAUUGACUCAGAACAUGUUCGGAGCGGCUGGAAGCCCUCUUUCUCUUGUUAAUCCCUUCAGUACUAACAUUCCUGCUUCUAUCAUCGGAAACGAUGCUUCAGGUAAUUUUGAAAAAUAUAUAAAUGUUGCAUUCUCUCUAGGUAAAGAUCAUUGGAUUAAUCAAGAGGGUUGCAAAAAGAAGAAAAAAAAUAUAAAGAUAGUUGAAAUUUUAGUUUUCUUUAAACUAUAGGCUGUGUGACACGGCUUGAAAUUUCACGGAACGACAUUCCGCUGUUCCGCUGCGUGCGUUCGCGAAGCGUCUUUCGAAUCUAGGUCACGCUUUCAAUUGCUUGUUAUGGCUGUGGAAGCACAUGAAAGUAGAGACCCUCAAUAAAAAAAAAAAGAAAUUAAAAGCGCGGCCAGGGUUCGCGAAGGCGCACAGCGACAUAGCGGAAUGUCGUUUCGUGAAUUUCCAAAUCUUGGUACACAGGCUAUAUUAAAAAUUAGAAAUAAAGAUGAAUCAAAAAAUAAAAAAUAAAGAUGAAACCUCAAAAAAUUCAAAAAUAUGUUUCUCUGAAUAAAAGAGUUAAAAGAAAAAGCCCUGAAGGAACCACUCAGGACGAAAAACCUUAGUGAUCACUACUCGGACAUUGGUAACGCGAAACGCAUGGGAAGUGUCCGGGCAUUUCUAGUGAGUAGCGUCAGAACUCUGAAGUGAUCCCUAGAGUUGCUCAGGUCCGAUCGUCGUAUUUUUGAGCGCUGCUAGAGUCGGCUCUUUUUUCAAAAAAAUAAAAGAAAAAAUUUAGUGCUUUCCCAGUAUUCGUCCUACACUUUUACUGACAUCGGAAAUGGUUUUGUCGGCCACCAUACCCACCAGUCUACUCUGCCAGCUGCCGCCACUCUCAUUUCCAAAUCAGACGGCCUUUUCUACCUCCAAAGUCUAAGUUUCGACAGUCCCAACUCGGUUUUGGCAAAUCUAACUUCUCGGUCUGAUCGUUGUUUUUUUCUAGAAGGCCUCAAUAUCUUUCCAAACUCUGUGUCCAAGUCUUAGCACUUCGGAAGUUUUGCGUUAUUCGUGAGUCUUCAACUUGCCAAAAAAUUCAAACAAGAAGUUUGAACUCAGGGCCAAAGACAACAUAACCAACAUGUUACCUCAACAGAUUCCAUCCAACUUUUUUACGGUCACGUUUUUCCAGUCAGCCAGUCUUACUCUGACCAAUGCUGCAGGUUAGAUUAAUAUUUUUGCUGCCUUUAUGACGAAAAAGGAAGUAUUCAGGUAAUUACUUGAAACUGACCGAUGGAAGAAACGGGUACAUUUUCUCACCAACUUAUUGGGCCAACGGCAAUCCGAGCUUUGAUCAGCAGUUCGGUUAGACUUCCUUUCACAUGUUUUUGGUUAAACGCUGAAUGACUAUCGCGGUCGCGUUGCGGUGGAACCUUUUAAAAGAAUUCUUUGUUUUUUGAAACAAAAUGAAGAAAAUAUAACACUCUCUAAUGACUCUGCGCGCAAGUCUUUUAGGUCGGGCCUUGAAGAAAUAUUUCCGCGUUAUGCUUUUCCUUCCGAGGUUGUUCAAAAUAUGAAGGGGACUUAUUAAAAAAUAUAGUUUUUCAUGCUGUUUUUGAAUAUAAAUCUAAGAAUUUACGCGAAGGUCUGUAUUUUUUUCUAUUACUUUUAAAGAUCGUAACUUUUUUAGAAGCUUUCUGCGAAAAUUCUUGAUGCCAAAAUUGAAUUAAUCGUGAAGAACUGAGAUAGAAACUUUCACUGAUGUCUGUAAAUUCAUUCAAUCUUAAGUUGGUCAAACGAACUUCGACAUCACGACUCGAGUCGACUACCUGGCCCUAACCAACUCGGAGAAUCUCGAUAUUGCUGUCCAGUCAAGUUCGAAAGUUGUUUCGGAUAAUAAGUGAGCUCUUUUUUCGAUUCCCAUAAACAAUUUUUUUUUUCAGUUACAUCAAAAAUACAGCCAAUGAAACGGGCAAGACUGCCAAUGGCGACGGCUUGAGAGUUCAGUUCAAAGCGGGUAGCAGGUCUUCGUCCGCUAAAAUCUACUUCAAGGCUGUCAAGGCGAAUUUCGGCACUUCUGCAGGUGAAAGACUCACCUGAGGCUGACCUCAGGUCGCUUCUGAAUGAGACUAGGUCCAUAAAAGGCGGUUUUUUUUUGAUUUUCAAAGAAUUGCCUUUGAGGUCUGGAAAAAAAAUAAAGAACUGAAAAAAAGAUCAAUUUUAGAUGCCAUGAUUUUUAUUUGAAAUUUAAAGUUGAGAUGUGUAUUUUUGAAGUUCCUUACACGCUUGAAAAGUUGAAAAAAUCAUGUCUCAACAAUAAAUUUUUAAAAAACAAUAAUUUGUUCUUUUUAUUCACCGGAGCCAAUUACUACAUUUUAAAAAGGAUACUUAUUGGAUGAACGGGCCUCUUUUCAAGCCCAAAUAACUUUGACAAACACCCACGGAAUUUUUUUGAUUGCAGACUUGAGAUAAUAGUAAAAAAAUGCAUCUAAUCGACCUGGUCUUGUUCAAAAAAUUUAUUUUUAGCUGAUUCCAGUUCCUGCUAGAAAAAAAUAUGUUUAAAAAAAUUUUUCUGUUUCAGGAUUUUUCAUUAGCCGUUCUUCUAGCCGUCUUCUAUGCUCUACUGUGAAAAAGAACUGAUUUUUUUGAGAUUUUUUUCUGAGAGAUAAAAGUAAUUUAUGUACUGAAGUCACAAGGCAACAAAAAAAGUUCACAGAUUUUUUUAAAAAAAUUAUUUCUACGCAUAUGUUUAUCUUGCUGGAAAGAAUUGGAAGAAUUAAAUUUAUCAGAAAAAAACUUUUUCUAUGGUAGAUGAGCCGAUUAUUUCGCUAUAAAGCCAAUAAACUUCAAUGAACAGAAAAGAGAAAAAAAGCCAGACAGAAUUUUUGAUUCAAAACACGUUAUUUCAAUGAUCGCUUUUUUGGGGGGAUUUUUUUAUUUACCAAAAAAAGUACUUUCAAGAAUAAAAAGUAGUGUUUUUUUAACCUUCUCAUAGAAAAAGUGAGAAUUUUCAUUUAUUUUAUAUUUCAAUUGUUUCGAAUGAAGGUUUGGGUGCAGAAUAAUCCCAAAAUGAUCACUGAAAAAAGACAAAUGUUUUGAAUUAUCGUAGUCAUCACAGCUCUAACAAAAGUCCUUUGUGAAAAGAGCAGAUCAGUGAGUAGCAAACAAAUCUGAUUUAGAACUUUGAAUUCCACAGGGACGUCUAUAAAAGAGCCCUUUUUGGUGUCAGAAACAUCGGCUCUUCGUCGUGUAAAUUCUCUAUAUGGCUUUGGUUUGUCUCUUUUUCUUGUAGAUCCUUCAAAAAAUGUUCAGAAAUUGAUUAUUAUCUUCCUUGCUGGCGAUUGUUUGGCCUCAUCUGGGCUUGGUGACGUCAUCGGAGGCGGAGACUUGGCUCAGACGGCCACUGGAGCUCUUGGAGGCGGUGGCGGAAGUCCCCUUGAUGGAACUCUUGGAAACAACGCUGGCGGAGACGGUGGCGUCGUCGAUGGAGUCGUCGGCCAAGACGGUUUGAUCGGCAACGUCGUCAAAGGCCUCGGAGCUUCUUCCAAUCCAGAAGGCCAGGGAGGAUCCAACGUCCUCGGCCUUCCAGUUGCCGUCGACGCCGACUUGGCCCUUCUCGAAGGCGUCCGCUGCAACCAGAACGAGACCAAGACCCAGUGUCGCAGUCCCCUUGAAGGCCAGUGCGGAGGUUCUUCUGGAGCGAUGCCAGAGACCAUGAGCCGCGCUGCCCGUCAAGCUCCAAGAUGCGAGAAAUGCGAAUGUGCUCCGGGAUACGUCCGCACCUUCGACAAGGCUCAAUGCGUCCUGCAGCAGGACUGUGGCGACCAGGCCACCGCCUGUCAGAACGUCGGCGACCGUCAGACCUGCCGUAAGUCUGAUAUCUCAGAAUCCCUCUAGUGGCCACUUUCAGCGGUGCUCUGCAACGGCGGCCGCUGUCCGAUCGGCUUCGUCUGUCGCGUUCCGAAUAUUUGCCUCGGCAAGGCUACCUGCCAGCAGAAGUGCGUCCCAGCCUUUGGAGUCGCCGACGUCUCUCCUGACGUCGGUCUGGGACGCAAGUAA